UACUCAUUCUAACUCUACAGGCUAGUAAGACCGCUCCUUUGUUCCUGAUUUGCCCAGAGAUUGUCGAAGAAACAAGUGUAUAUAGAACUUUGGAUUAGGGUGGGAUCCAUAGGUCCUGCAGGGGAGAGGAGGGUGUUGCUGUACAUAGACAAAAACAUCAUGAAGGUGGAUGGUCGUGAUGUUCCUCAUGAUCCAUUGGUCCAGCCUGCGUAUCUGCCUCUGCUGCUGACUCCGCCCUCAACCUGUCUUCCCCUCCUCCUUCAGGCCCAGCACCGCCUUCUUCCAUUCGAGUGGCUGCUCCGGGCCCAGUGUUGCCGUUGUUCUUCUGGCUGCUGAGAACCUGCAUCUCCCACAUUUGUUCUUGUCUGAUGUCGUCAUUGUAAUCCUGAAAAGAAAGAAAAAACAAUUAAAAUUCUG